CCUUAUGUGUAAUAUGCUGAAACUCUCGCAAAGUAUGAAUUGUAUCAGACAAUAGAAAACUGAAAAUUCUCUUCAUCUGUGUGUUUACAGGACUAGUGAGAAACUUUCUAAUCAUGGAAAGGUUGAAUUGUUCAAGUGGCCCUCAAAACUUUCAGAACCAGGAAACAUUUAUUAUACUAGCUGUCUCCAUGACAACCACAGCUUUUUUUCUAAAUUUCCUCCAAGUUACUGUGAUCAUUCAUCAAAAAUUGUACAAGAGUUCAAAGAACAUAGUACUUCUAAACUUUUCCAUCUGUGGUCAAUUGACUUCUGCAAUAGACUUAUGGUACAUAUAUACUGCUAUGAAAUGGACAAAGUCAGAUGAAGUUGAUCCUUUGGAUGAUCUUUAUUUGUGCCUACUAUUACCAUCUGGACUGCUUUUAUUAAGCUUCUUCACAUUUUGGGGACUUUAUGUUGCCCGUGUGAUACAGCAAUAUAUUGUUGUGCUAAAACACAGAUGUUUUACCAACUUUCACCAUGAGAUUUCAGUAACUAUGGCUUUAAUAGCUUCUUCCUGGACUGAGGGAAUAGUUCUCGCACUACUACCUCUGAUUGGAUGGAACUCUUGGAAUGGGCUAUGUCAUGUCCCUACAGUGUGGGAAUCAAGUUUUUCCCUCACUUUUGGUCUUCUGUAUAUCCUUCAUCUUUUGGUUAUAACAGCCAUGUUUGUUGACAUGCUUGUGCUGAAUCUCAAAAAGCGGCGUACUAUUCAGCCAUAUCCUAAUGAAAACACUGUCUCAUUUAAUGACAUUUCCAUUCAAUAUCAACAUCCACCAACAUUGUACAGUAGAGAAAACUUCACAUUAUUAUUAGAAGUCAUUAUUUUCAUCUUAUUCACUCUACCCUUUCUCAUUUAUUUUGUUUACUUACAUAUCCACCCUAUUAGUGAUCCAUGUCUAAUUUUUCCAAAACACCAUAUUACAAACAUGUGGAUGUCUAUGCUUUUAAUUCUCUUUGCUGCAGUUAUACCUAUAUUUCAUAUGUGUAGUCAAAGAGAUCUUACACGCUCUUACAUCGCGUUUAUUCAGAGUCUGGUACAAAAUUCUGCAUCUACUCAAACACAAGAGACAGAAGAAAACCAGCACCAAAUGCAUUAAUAAAAUGAAAUAAUAUAUAUAUGUAUAUAGCAGUUUAGUUGACUUUCAGUAAAUGUACAAACAGCAAUCAUACUUAAUCUACUUUAGGUAACAUCAGAAUAAAAACUAUCAAUUUAAAUGAAUGUACACAACUGAUACAGUUAUGUACUCAUUACUAUCACACUUCUUAUCUUUGUAUCAUUUUUAACAAAAAAUAUAUUUGUACAUAAUCCAAAAAAUAACGUUUAAAACACAGUAUAAACAUUUCAAUAUUUGGAUACAUUACUUAAAACUGAGCUCAAUCACAAUAGUGAUGUAUUUCUUUUUAUAUUUUAAAAAGUCCUAUAAACAAUGUUUUGAUUUUAAAGUGCAAUGAUUAUGUUUGAAAGUGAAAUAGA